UUCACAUCGUUGUUUGAGGUUAUAAAAUCAGUUGCAGGACUUGUCGGUGCUUAUUAAUUUAUUGAAACCAUGAGUAAAAAGUUAAAAGAUUUAAAAUGGCAGUCCGUAGCUUUAGACGGCUUUCCAGCGUCUAUGGGAGACAAAUUACAGGGAUUCAUAGGAUUGGAAGAGUGUACAAGUUAUAGUCUCGAUAAAGAAAGACCACGCAAUAAAAAGAAAAAGGAGCAAAAGAAGCGCAAGAACACUAAAUCCGUCGAAGAAACGGUACAAAAACAGAUACCGAAUAAAAAAACUAAACUUAGCAAUGGUUUCGUUGUGGAGUCCUGCGAUACCGUCUCGCCAUCUCUUACCAACGAAGACAAUACAGACAGUAAAGAGAUCAAGAAUGAUAAAACUCUACCAACUAGGAAAAAGGCUAAAACUAUAAAGAGACUUGGUGAGAAUGUGGCGGAGGAAUCUCAGUUGACACCGGAAGAUAUGCUGUCGUGGGCGGAGUUUAAGUUGCCGGACGAGAUCACGAAGGCUCUCAUGGAGCUUGGCUUCAAGCAGCCUACUAAGAUACAGCAGCUUUCAUUGCCUGCGGCUAUUCAUGGUCGUAGAGAUAUCCUCGGUGCUGCUGAGACUGGUAGCGGUAAAACCCUAGCCUUCGGCCUGCCCAUCCUCACCGGCAUCUUAAAACUCAAGGAGAAAGCACAAGCAAAAGGCCUGGACGUGUAUGAGGUCCCAUACAAAAAGAGCAGCAAGAAGAAACCGGAACCUGAGCCUCCGAAGAAGCAAUUUAAAAAGAAAAAGAAUAAUAAAAUUAACAACAAGAAAAUUCAAAAAGAUACUUCAUCAGAAGAUGGCUACAGUAGCGGAGAUGAGGAAUCUAAAGAUAAGAAUGAAGAAGUUAAAGAUAAGACAAAAGAUGGAAAUGAUGAUUUUAUAGAAGAAAUAUUAGUGCCGGUCAGAAAGAAGGAGUUAUCAACGGAUGAAGGGAAUGCUAGUGACGACAGUGCGGAUUACGUGCAUCUUUCUGACAUAUUUGAUGGUGAUGAUUCUGAUGAUGGAAAUGAGAAAGAUGAUGAAAAAUCAGAACACAAUAAUGAUGAUGAAAUUGAGAAAGAUGGAAGCGGUGAAGACACGGAGAGUCAAGAUGAAGUUGAUGGCAAUGAGGAAGGCAUGGGCUGUGUGAAAGUGAUAGACAACAUAGAGCUGCCGGGGACAGAGAUGGUCCGCACCGGCAGUCCAUUAUACGCUCUCAUUCUAACACCCACGAGGGAACUGGCCAUGCAGAUAUCCCAGCAUUUGAAGGCAGUUGCCAAGUAUACAGGUAUUCGCAUAGCGACGGUGGUGGGCGGCAUGGCGGCGGUGAAACAAGAGAGAGAGCUGAAGUGGAACCCUGCAGUAGUGGUGGCCACUCCGGGGAGGCUGUGGGAGCUAGUGUCCAGGGGGGAACCACAUCUACAGCAGCUACCUAGUGUCAAAUUCCUCGCCAUAGACGAGACGGACCGUAUGAUCGAGCGCAACCACUUCGAGGAGCUUCAUCCGCUGCUAGAGAGGCUCAACUGCGACGAGACACAGAGGAACUCGCGGCAGAACUUCGUGUUCUCGGCCACGUUGACUCUAGUUCACGAUCUGCCGACACACAUGAAGGGAAAGAAGGUAACGAAACGAGGCAAGAUAAUAAACAGAAAGAUUGAGAAGAUGACCCCGAAACAGAAGAUCGCUCGGCUGGUCGCACUCAUGGGCAUGACGGAACCUAAGGUCGUCGACAUCACAUCAGACAACUUAGGCACAGCGGAGACUCUGACGGAGUGUAAGAUAGCGUGCGCCUUCGAGCACAAGGACGCUUAUCUAUAUUACAUUUUGAAACGGCACCCCGGGAGGACUAUAGUGUUCUGCAACGCUAUUGGUUGCGUCCAGCGGUUAUCUCAGCUGCUGUCGCUGCUGAAGUGCCGCCCGCUGCAGCUGCACGCCGGGCUGCAACAGCGGCAGAGACUCAAAAACUUGGAACGGUUUCGAGACGACCCUUCCGGGGUCCUGAUAGCGACCGACGUGGCGGCGAGGGGGCUGGACAUACCGGACGUAGACCAUGUCAUACACUACCAAGUGCCCAGGACCGCUGAGAACUACGUCCACCGAAGCGGGCGCACGGCUCGAGCCAACAAGGAAGGCCUGACCAUUCUCAUGAUGGAGCCCCAGGAGGCCUACAGAUACGCCAAGUUGUGUAUCACGCUCAAUAAGAAGUCCGAGCUGCCAACGUUCCCGGUACCCCCCCUCGGCCUGGACUCCCUCAAGACCCUCGUGAGCACGGCGCGCGAGCUUGACGCGCUGUUACUGAAGCGACGCCGCGCCGCACAGGCCCUGGGCUGGAGGGAGAAGGCUGCCAGGGAGAUGGACAUGAUCGUAGACGAUGACGACGCGCCCGUGAAGGACCUAGACCCGGGCAUCGAGAAGGCUGUCAAGAUGAAACAGAAGCAGCUGAGCGCCAUGCUGGCCCGGCCCGUGUUCCCCAGGGGGUUCUCCUUCAAGUACCCGACUCUGAACGAACCCACGGCACUUGUAGGAACGCAGGACAACGCCUUACAGGUUAUGAAGAAAGCGCUAGAAUCGGGCGAGUUGAAGCGAGACCAGAGGAAAAGCAAGAACGCUUCGUUACUGAAAUUGCAGACAAGUUUUAAGAGGAAAUAAACGCUGCU